GUUAGAUACUUACAAGACAAAUGCAUGACCAAACAACAAAUUAGAGAAAUAAAAUUAAACAAGACAAAAAUGCUACUCUUCAUCCUCUUCAUUGCAUCAAUUUCUCUCAUUUUUCUUUACCUAAAAACCCGAAAACCCGGCCCAUUUCGCCCUCCGCCGGGACCUGAAGGACUUCCUAUAAUUGGAAACCUUCACCAAUUUGACUCUCUAAAUCCUCAUCUAUAUUUCACCAAUCUAUCAAAAAUCUAUGGCCCUAUUUUUAGUUUUCGACUAGGGAAUCGAUCGAUAGUUGUGGUUCAAUCGGCUAAGACGGCCAAAGAGGUCUUGCACACACAAGAUAAGAACUUCUGUAACAGGUUAAUGUUAUCGGGUGGGAAAAGGUUAAGUUACAAUGGUUUAGACGUUGUUUUUUCGUCAUAUGGUGAAUAUUAUAGAGAGAUUAAGAAGAUAUUUGUUGUUCAUUUAUUAAGUUCUAAGAGAGUGCAAUCUUUUGCCCCGAUUCGAGAAGAAGAAGUAUCAAGGAUUAUUCAAAGGAUUUCAUGUAUUUCUUCUGAGAAUAAAGUUGUUAAUUUGAGUGAAUUGUUGGUGAAUUAUGCUAGUUCAAGUAUAUGCAGGAUCGCUUUUGGGAAGAGGUACGAGGGUGAAAAAGGGUCAAGGAGUAGAUUUCACGACCUUCUAAUAGAAGCUCAAGCCAUGUUCGCAGGCUUCUUCUUUAGGGAUUACUUCCCUUAUAUAGGAUGGAUUGAUAAGCUAAAUGGAAAGUAUUCCAAACUAGAAAAGACGUUCAAGAAAUUGGAAGAGUUUUAUGAAGAAAUUAUUGAUGAACAUCUUGACAUAAAGAGGCCUAAAUCCGAACAAGAAGACAUGGUUGACAUCCUUCUUCAUCUUAAGAAACAACGUUCCUUUUCAUUUGAGCUUACAAUGGACCACAUUAAGGCAAUGUUAAUGGAUAUCAUAAUAGCAGGAACAGAUACAAGUACAGCUAUGGUAGUUUGGGCAAUGACCGAGUUAAUAAAAAACCCUAAUGCAAUGGAGAAAGUACAAGAAGAGAUCAGAAAUACAGUUCGGGGCAAAGGUUAUAUAGAAGAAUCCGAUCUCUUAGAUCUAAAAUACUUCAAUGCAGUUGUGAAAGAAACAUUUAGAUUACAUCCAGCAACUCCAUUACUAGUACCAAGGGAAACACUACAAAAUACAACAAUAGAAGGAUAUGAUAUUCAAUCAACAACUAUAGUAUACGUCAACUUAUGGGCUAUUAGUAGAGAUCCUGAAACUUGGAAGGAUCCGGAUUUAUUCAUACCCGAGAGGUUUUUGGAAAGUUCGGUUAAUUUCUUAGGGCAAGAUUUUGAGCUUAUUCCUUUCGGGGCUGGAAGAAGGAUAUGUCCUGGAUUACAACUUGGUGUUGCUAGUUUGGAGCUUGUUCUUGCCAAUUUCUUAUACCAUUUUGAUUGGGGGUUGCCUAAUGGUUUAAAAGGGGAAGAUAUUGACACCGAUGUGCAACUUGGUGUUGUUAUGCAUAAGAAAAAUCCACUUUGCCUUGUUGCAAAUAAAUAUUUGUAA